UGACGACGGGUUUUCUCGUACUACUAGGCCAUUCGCUAGCUCCGCCUCAAACACGACCGAUAUCGAGCGAUUCGUGUACGACAAACACAAACGCAAUGAUCGCUGUAGUAAAUACUGACCGAAUACAUACCUACCUACCUACUUAUCCCCAAGCUCUUCUUGGUCACGUUUAUUUUUUCCAGUAUUCGUAGUAAUUAAUUAUUUUUGGUUUCGAUCUCGGAUCUCGAUCUUUUUAAUCUCGAAAUUCAACAGGUCUCCACCUAUUCAAGAUAUAUUAUAAUAUACCAGGACGCUCGAGACGAGGUCCUAUAGGAUCGUUCGGACGAAUAAUGUUUACGAUUAUUAUUCACCGCACGUUCCGCACCUAAUAUAAAUUUUAAUACCUGCUGCCGCUUCGGUAUGACUAUAGCUCGGGUAAACAUAUUCGCGUCUAAACAAUCAACAAUAAAAAAUUACACAAUAGAUACCAACGUGGAGGAAAGCAAUGCACUAUUGGUCAAGGUGGAGCGAAACAGCUCUAGCCAUUACGACCAACCUGACUCUGGGUUAUAUGGCCACAACAGUAACAGUUUUGAGGAUAUUGAGAACGGUAACAUUACAGCAGUCCCUUUCAUGGAUGAGACAACUUCAUUAUCCCAAAAUGCUAUACUAAUACCAUUAACCGGAACUACUCCACCUCAACAUCAUGAUGAACCAUUCAGUACAAAUGCUUAUAAAACACUCAAAAGAGGCAUUUCACAUGCUACAGACAAUGUGAACAUUGUUUCCCAGGCAAGAUCAGAAUUGAUUUUUAUCGACAACACUGAAGAUGAACUACAGAUUGUUGAAACUCCGGUUUACACAUUUAUUCUACCAGAUUUAUCACAACUCGAAGAAAAAUUUCGAAUGUUCAUUGAAAAAGACCUGAUAGCAGUAGCAAUGCAAAGUUCUCUCGAACAGGCUUCAAGACUGAAUUGGUGGACUGGAUUUUGUCAAAGGCUUUGGCCACUUUCAACAUCUGGUGAUGGCAACUGUCUUCUGCACGCUGCUUCGUUAGGUAUUUGGGGAUUCCAUGAUCGGUUAUUAAAUUUGAGGCGUGCUUUGCACUCAUUCCUCAGCAAUGGCCCAGCUCGACAUUCACUCUGGCGGCGUUGGCAACGACAACAAACUAUUAUGAAUUCAUUAUUUGGUCUCGUAUAUACAGAACAAGAAUGGCGCCGAGAAUGGAACGCAAUUGUUAAUAUGGCUUCUACUGUUCCUCGUAUGCGGAAACAAAGUGCAUCAAGUGGAAAUGCAGAUACCGAAGGAUACAUUUAUGAGAGCCUUGAAGAAAUUCAUGUUUAUGCUUUGGCACAUGUAUUAAAAAGACCUAUUAUUGUCAUAGCAGAUACUAUUCUUAAGGAUAUGAACGGUGAAGCCUUGGCUCCUAUACAAUUUGGAGGUAUUUACUUGCCCCUAGAGUGUUACCCGUGUGAUUGUCAUCGUUCUCCUUUGUUAUUGGCAUAUGAUGGAGGGCAUUUUUCAGCUUUGGUUGCUAUGGAAACCCCAAAUUCAACUCUUUCUUGUGCUAUACCUUUGGUGGAUUCAAAUGGUGAACUCUUGCCAAUACAGUUUCCGGUUGAUCCUGGUGAAAAUGAUCAUACUCCUGAUAAAAAUCAAGAAUUAUCGUUUACAGAUUCAUUGUCGUUAUUGAACAGUUACUUAGACAUUGUGAAACUCGAUCCUCAAGGUAACAAUGACACUAUAGGGAAAAAUGGUCUUUUUGGAAGUCUAGGACGUUCAGUAGGCAAUAAAUUGAAGUCAAAACUGUCUAGGACGAACUCAGUAAAAAAUCUAUCGGCAAUAUCACCUCAAGCAAAGUAUACGUAUUGUGCUCUGAUCAACUCAGAUAAAAAACAUGAAUAUCACGAUGUGAUGAUAAAAAACUACUUAAGGACAGCAGCUGAACGUUUUCAGCAUUCACCUUACGUGGAUACAACACCUCGUUAUGGAGCUGGGAAAUCUCGUUUUUACACUGAAGCUGAUUCUGAGUCUCAUGUUAAAGUCGGCCUGAUGACUCCUGUCAAGGCUGUCACAAAUGAAGACCCCACAAUGUACCUAUCAAAAUCUACAUUCUAUGACACUGGUUCACAAGUGGACAAAUGUCGUACAGAAGACUGUGAGUUUUUCGGAUCAUCUGUGACUAAACAUCUCUGUUCAAAAUGUUACCAACUGUAUCAGCAGCAAAAAAAGGAAUCUGUUUGAAACAGUAGAAACAUUACAUGAAGAUUUCAUCUCAUCGUAACACACUUACCACACACACCAACAACACAUACACAAUUAGUUUUUUUUAUUAAUUUUAAAAGUUUGUGACUAACGCGUACAUAUUUAAGUCUAUGUACAACACACGUCCAUACGUCACAACAUCACUAAAUAAAUAAAUAAAAACGUUGUUUACCAAUAUUAAU